AUGGACGAUGAAUUAAAGAAACACAUACGUAGAAUGGACGAUGAAUCAAAGGAACACGGUGAGACCCCAUACCACCUGUCAGCAAAAGAAGACAGGAAUGACACGGAAUACGGAAAAGAUUGCAAGAAAGAAGUAAUGGACUACCUCAAGACUUUCAUGUCAAAAGAAGAACAAGAAGCAACCCUUGUAUCUCAGCAGAAAGACGCAUCACCAGUUGUUAGAGGCCUCGAAGAUGAAUUGACGAAGCUUUCUGAUAAGCAAUUUGAUAAUCUUCUAAAGACUGGAUCGUAUAAAUGCUACUGGAACAGGGUAUUUUUGACGGGCAAGUUCGCAGUUGGCAAGACAACACUAGCUAAGAUUUUGGUGGGGGACGAAGCUCCAAUUGAACGUGAAUCUACGGAUGGUAUAUGGAUAUAUCUUGGAAGGGCGGGCAUGAAUAUAAAGAAGAGAGUUUGGAUCUUCUUAGAGAAAGGUACUGUUUUAAAUGCAUCAGUACAGAGUUUCUUAAGGAGUGAAGAAAUAAAGAAUCAAGGCGUUAUGAAACUUAGGGAAGAAUUACAGAAUCCAUAUGCAUGUGCGUCAAACCAAAGUGUCGGUUUUAAAAAUGAGGUCAAAAAGGAGUCAAAGCUGACAGCUUUAGGUAAAGAAAACACUAGUAACAAAACACCAGUCGAUAGUAGUACUAACAUGGCGGGAACUUCAAGAAAAGAUUCACCACGGACUAUGGAAAUAUCCUAUGACGACAUUAUCAAGCUUGUUCGUUCGGAAUGCAUGAAAGGAAACUACGAAAUGACAAUUGUGCCAAUUGACCUGUGGGAUUUCGGAGGACAGAAAAUUUACCAUCUAACGCAUCAAUUGUUUAUAUCAAGUAGAGGCACCUUUGUUCUUAUUUUCAAUGGGGGAGAAAGCAUUAAUGAAGAGGAUGGAGCAUACCUUGUCCAUUGGGUGAAUUCUGUGCUAACAUACUGCAAGACACUGAAGAAAGACGACGAGUUUCCGAAAAUAUUAUGUGUGGCAACUCACAAGGAUCAAGUCAAAGGUGACAUAGAGGAGCAGAGGCAUUCCUUAGAAAACUCUAUCGAAAUACUCUUUCAAAACCAUGGAGGGAAAAAACAUCUUAAAUACCGACCACUUAUUUUUGUGGACGCAAGAAACAAGGACGACAAAGAUAUAGAUGAAUUAAAGAAACAGUUAGUAGAAGUUGCAUUGGAUCAUCCUCGUUGUGGGGAGUUAAUGCCGACCAAAUUUGUACCUCUGGAACUUCAGUUAGCAAAGAAAGGAGAAGACAAGCAGAAAAUAGUAACUAUUGAUGAACUCAAAAGCAUGAACAAACAAAAUGAAAUCAUGGCAUUGGAUAACGAUGAGCUGAAGCUGUUUUUGAAGGUUAAUCAUGCUUUAGGAAAACUUAUCUUCUUUGACGAAGCUGGCCUGAGAGACAAAGUUAUUAUCGAUCCGGUGUUUUUGAUAGAUGUGCUGCGCUCCAUCGUAACCGAGGAACAGUUUUGGCCACAACAUCUCCUUCAAAUUUUCAAAACACUUAAAGAAAGUGGAAAACUGUUGAAAAAGGAAUUAUUUGAAAUAUGGAAACAAGAAUGCUUCCAGUCGAUUUUAGAACAUAAGGAGUAUAUGGUAGAAAUGCUAGUUCACUUGGAUAUAAUCUGUAGACAAAAAGACGAUACGAAUGGAUCAGACUAUUUCAUGAUACCAUGUAUGAUCAGUACCAAACGAGAAGACAACUUACGUAUGCCGUUUGACAGAAGCAUUCAUUUGGCUUAUACUUUUAAGGACGAAGUUGUACCACCUGCUGUUCUGUACAGGUUUAUCGCGACAUUCAUAACAAUUUGGAAGUUACAGGUCAGUCAAAACUCCGGUCUGUUGCUUUUUACAGACAGUGCUGAUGUAAGCAUUGACGAAGAACAUGAUAUGAGAUUUGACAUUCAGAGAAAUAAAUUAAUUAUUACUCUUUCGCACAAGAAAAUAAAAACCUCCAUUGUAUCUACGAUUGCAUCAACGGCUCAGGAAUGUCUAACACAUGCUAUUACACAAAUUUCAAAGUUUUAUUUCUCAGUAACAGAGGAUUCUGAUUUUUCUUUAGAUUUGCCGUUUACAACUCAAGUUGGUAUAGUUUGUGGGACAGACCUUUGCUUUUUUGACCAUACAUGUUUAUCUAAGGAUGAAUGGAUAUGUCAAGAUCAUAAAAGAAAACACAAGACAGAUAUUGCGUCCAGAUGGUUUUCAGACAAGGUACCUGCAAAAGGAGACAGAUGUAAUGCACUUUGUCCUGGUUUAGACAAUACAUGGUUGGACAGACAACUUGAUGACAAACGUCUCGGGCGCUUAGCAGUUGAAUUGACAAAAGAAGAAACAAAGGGAAUAUAUAUGCAUUUAAAGAAAAGAAAGCCAGAUCAAACAUGGAAAAAAAUUGAGUCAAACAAAACGGAUGAGUUUGAUAUCAAUACAAACGCUUUACAUGAUUGGAAGAAGAGUACACACCUUGCUACAUUUAACAAUAUUCAGGAAAGCAUGAAAAAGGAAAACAUUGACACCCACAAAUUGUGCCAGAUUUUGAGAGAUGUUCAAAUAAACAAAGAGCUACCAAAAGCCAAGUUGAAUCUUAAACCUUCGAGAUCAGACAUGAACAUACUGCCCAAUCAUAUUGGUAGGGAAACAUUCCAGCUUGGCAUCGAACUUGGAUUGUCUGUGGUUGAAAUGCACCAGAUUCAAUCGAAUCAUGUUACAAAUCUUCGUGGCCAAACAGAAGAUGUGCUUUGCAAAUGGCGGAAGCAGUAUCAUGCUACAUAUGAAGUAUUAGUCAAAGCUCUUUAUCGCCUGGACUUGGCUGGUGUUGUAGAAUCCUUAACAUACGAAGUAGGAGUAAAGGAGGAAAUUGAAGGUAUAUACAAUAAAGUUUGUGCAUACACUUAA